GAGAUUCGGCAUUGAUAAUGAGUGCAUGUGGACCGGGGAGUUCACUGUCGUUAUUGCACGUCCAGGUCAUCUUUUAUAGAAAUCAAACGCCCCAUUCGGCGCUCAGUUGGAACUCGCUCCUAGUCCCAAGUGUGCCCACUGCUAAUUUGCCAAACUGGCUCACGAUGGAGGGCGCUGGAAGAGGUCCGUUGAUGAAAUAUGGCUCUGCAAUCUCCUUGUUUGUCGUGAUUCUGGCAAUUUGGUUUCGCUCACCGAACAAUGAGGGACUGGACGGCCGGCUGGACACCGUGUUGUCGUCGCUACUCCGAGCCGAGAGCAAAGUUGGAAUGAAUCACGUCGCUCGACCAAAGGUGGCGAUUGGUUUUGGAGGCUGCGUGGACCUGCUUGUGGAAGGUGUGUCGCUUCUCAAUAAAAUCGGCCUCGUACCCGCCGACCAGCCCCUCCAUCAUGACUACAUUGAAAGUGCUGAGCAACUCUCUGAGAGCUUCGCCUACUUCUUUGCCCCGGGCGCCGCGGCAGAGCGCUUUGUGCUAAAUGAGACGCUUUUCAGCGAGUUGGUCGAGGCAUCCCGUGACCUACCUGGAAACAGAUGGUCGGUGGGUGGCAACGCCCCAGUCAUGGCCGGCCGCAUGGCCAACGAGGGAUGUGACGUGUUGCUCGGUGGAAGCUUUAGCCCGGACUUCAUGGACGUCCUAUCACAGCACAUCACCGUUGCAGGCAACACCGUAGAAGAGCCAGACAUUCAUCUCAUCCUGGAGUAUCCAUCUGGUGCAAAGUGGGGACAGUAUUCCUCUCGUAGAGCCAACAGGUACAUCGUCCACAGUGAUGACCAUAACCCGUACCUGGCGUCCAUGGAGGAGUUUGCAAAGAAGCUCAAAGAUUUUCAUCCAGAUCUUCUCAUUGUGGGCGGCUUACAAAUGAUGGAUAACUUUCCAUUCCAGUCAGGUGAACGUGCCGCUCUGCUCUCCCGCCUGGCCGAAGUGCUGGCCGCCGCCUCUCCCACGCUUGGUGUCCAUUUUGAGAUGGCCAGUUUUGUAGAAGAGAGCAUCAUGGAAGACCUGCUUCAUUAUGUCAUUCCUCAAGCGGACUCUUUGGGAAUGAACGAGCAGGAGCUCCCCAACCUGCUGAGCCUCCUCAAAGGCUCCACCAUCACGGUACUGUCUGACCCCAACCCUCGCGUCGCUACCGUCCUGGACCAGAUGAGAGAGGUCUACCGCAUGGUCAACCAGCGCUACAAAGACGCCGACGCUCAAGGUGACGACGCUCAAACGCAGGGCAAGCCCCUGACCCGCCUCCACGUGCACACGUUAGCCUUCCAGGCAAUUAUCGUGACCCGGGGCUCCCAGUGGAAGAACACCAUGUCGGCCACCGCCAAGGCCUCGCUCACGGCCAACCGCCACGUGUGCGGCUCCAACGACAUCGACCCCAGCAAGGCCAGGCUCAUCCUGGAUGACUCGUUUUCCGUCAGCCGACAGGAGGGCAGCCAGCGCAUCCCCCUCCAGGAGAGCCGGCCCGUCAGCUGCUGGGAGGAGGAGGACUAUGAGAUCUGCGUGGCGCCCGUGCUGGUGUGCACCGAGGUGUACCAGACUGCGGGUGGAGGAGAUAACAUCUCAGCUGCCGGACUGGUGCUCCAAAUCUGAAGCACCGCAAACUAACCAUGCUGUGAUUCUGUUCAUCCUGGUGUGAUGCAAAACACGGGCACCGACGCCACUGCCUGUUGGAUUAAUAAUAAGGUGGACCACUCAAGUUAAGUGAGAGAAAUUAACAGAAUAUUUUGGCAAGGUUCUGGUCUUUCCAUUCUAAACUUUACAAAAAAGCGCUCACAGAAAGGCUCACAUUACGGGUUUAAUUUACCAAUCCUUUUUCUAUUUGUAGUUGUCUGGAUUUCAAGAUGGUGCCGCAGUUCAAGGGUUAGCAUAUUAUCACUGUUCUGAGUUUGGGGUUCCAAUCUGGAUUCCAUUUGCAUGUUCUUCCUGUUCCUGCAUGGGUUUUCUCCAGCUUCCUCACACAUUCCCCAAAAACUUUGAGCUCUAAAUGAACUCUUAAAUUGCCCGUACAUGUGAAUGGUUGUUCGUCUGUACGUCUUUUGGGGUUUGAGCGGAAAAAUGCCAGAUUUUGAGGGGUCUUUUCAGUGAUUACAGAAUAGCUACAAGAAAAAUUGGGGAAAUUCUGUUUUAACAGAGUCAGAGGGCUCUUAGUUCUUCGAAGUGAUGGGCAUUUUGACUCAAUUUCAUUGAUUGCCUAUGCAAAAAAAAAA